GGUGAAUUGAAUUAUAGGUGUCUGACUGGGGAAGCAGCUGUAAAUGAUUUGCAUGAGUAUAAAAAUGGAGCCUUUGCUUUUCUUUCUAUUGUGAAUCCAAAGCCUUGAGAACGCAGUUUGGGGGGGUUUAACACUGCAAGCUUGCUCAGGAUUCUCAAACUUUUGGUCUGCUUGUCAUAGCAAGAGAAAAGAGGUUACAGCUGGUAGCUGCUCUAAAGCGCAAUGGUGCCAAACCUUGUGUUGAGGUUGUUCCUAAUAGGUGUAUUAGCCUCUGAAAUAUGGACCCAAGACAGGCCAGGCUCCCUGAGCUCAGAGUGCCUGGGGAGCCUCUUGCGGAUUGCACUGAAUGCAGAGUACUUCGAGGACAAGUAUCUGAUCUUUGCUGCUGUUGACCAGUUUGGCACAGCCCAGGAGAUCGAUGGGACCCUGGCAGCACAGUGUGGCUAUACAAUAGAGUAUAAUUAUUGGGGUAACAUUGAAUUCCGUGCUUCCAUUAUAAGCUGCUACACUCAUAUUGAGAGUGAUGUAUACACAGUAACUGUACAAAUCAAAACAGCUACUAAUCCUGAUAUGAAAAAUGCUCUAACUCACUUGAAGACUGUGAGUUGCCCUUACAGUCCAUGGCAUCCAAGAGAGUUAGUAUGUGAAACCAACUACAUGGAGGUGUCUGUCAGGAGGAAUGUUCCACAGAUAACAGCAGACUUGCUCCAAGAUGAACCUGAGGACUGGGCUCUAGCCUUUCCAGAGGCAACCGCUGGGGCAGUGUCAAUCUGGCAAGUAGUAUUUCACCUGCCCAGUGGAAGGAAGGCUCUGCUAGCAAGUGAUGCUCAGAAUGCUGGCUAUGGACUCAAUACAACAGACACUAGGAUUUUGCUGAGAGCACCAUACAAUGCUGCAGAAGCACAGCUAGUCAAGGUUCGAGGAGUGACUUUCUCUGCAGUGAGAGCAAGCACAUUCUACAAGCAACGAUGGAUGAUCUUGAUGGUAGAUACUGCUGUGGCCUGCCCUAUAGAUGGGGUGGAUUAUACAGAUGACACAAUUACAUGGACCAUUCCAAAAAACCUCCCAACCCUCUCUGCUGGGGCAACUAGCUUCAACGAUCUCCUUGUUGAAAUUGGUGUGGAUCUUCACAAACUCUCUGCCAGAGAAAUUGCUUCCAGGAAAUAUGUGCUAUCAAACAAUACAGAUGAAAUUACCAUCCAGAUGCCCAUAGGUGCAGAAGGUGGCUAUUACAAGACCCAUGUGAGUGAGGGACAGCAUGGGACCAAAUACUACAUUAAUUUGUUUUUGGAACAUCAGUGGGAAGACAACAGGUGGGGAGUGACCAAGCAUACCAUCAUCAAGAAAAUAGAAACUCCAUUUAAACUUGUACCACCCACCAUAACAAACAAUACCAACUCCAGCAUUAGGCUGGUCAAUGUGACUGUGGGAACAUUCCUCCCAGACGUGGAACUGGUGAACUUGACCAUAGAUGAUACAACUGUAACUGUGCCUGAAGCCCUUCAGCAUGGAUACAAAGUCUAUGAGACUAGAUACCCCAAUGGAAGCAAAGGCUAUGUAAUAGAAACACCAUUCAAUGUGCCUAGCAUUAAGAAAGAGUACUUAACAGAAGACACUAGACUCUAUAUACUGAAUGUCACACUUGGAUUCAUAGUACAGCCAACACAUGAGACCUUCACUGUUCCAGUCAUAACAAUCUCUCCUGUCAAGGAUGCAGUGUUGCCUAGUGCAAGAGGAUUCUGUGAUGAUGAAAACCUCUAUCUAACAGUUGUUCGUGGCAAUGUGGAUCAAAACUGGCUGCCCUUCAUUUCAAACCUGAGCCUGUCACCAGAUGCUGCUCAGAAGCACAACUAUGGACUAGAUGACAAUGGCACCCACUUCACAAUUCGUGUUCCUCUUUAUGCACCUCAUGUACUAUAUGAGGAUAUUCAUCCCUCUGGAAUAACUGCUUCACUCCAUGUAACAAUGAAGGAUAACACUCUUGCUGACAUGACAGACUUUUCAAUCUCUUGCAGAUUUUCACCUAAAGAACUAAUAGACUGUCUGCCAAAUGGAACAAUGGCUAUCACUGCAGUUAAGCUAGCAGGAAUCACAGACCUGGAUACCAGCUUAUUUGUCUUAAGAGACAAACAAUGCAGGCCUGUUACAGUGACUGAGAAGAGUGCAACAUUCAUAUUCCAUGUGAACACCUGUGGAACAAGUAGAAAGUUUGAGAACACAUUUAUGACCUAUGAAAAUGAUGUCUCCUACUUCAGACCUGGCAGCAUUACACCAAUAUACCAACUGAAGUGUGCAUGUCAAUAUAUAAUAAAUGAGACCAUCGUUGUCCAGUACAGCUCCAAAAACAACCCAGCACCCAGUGUUGAGCCAGGGUUUGGCUCUCUUGCUCUAACCUUGAGGCUGUUCAAAGACAAGUCUUAUUCUGACUCCUACAAGGACAUAGAGUAUCCUGUGGUAAAAUACUUAAAAGAGGCACUGUAUUUUGAAGUAGAACUGCUCCAUUCUGAAGAUCCACAGCUAGAACUAUAUCUAGAAGACUGUUGGGCUACUGCUUCCCAGGACAGAGACAGCAGCCCACAGUGGUCUGUCAUUACAGACAGCUGUGAAAAUGCAGAGGACUCCCAUCAAACAAUCUUCCACAAAGUGGAUAGUGACUCAAGAGUGAAGUUUCCCACUCAUCUGAAGAGAUUUGAGGUGAAAAUGUUCACAUUCAUGCAAGAUGGAAAUGCACUACUGGAACAGAUAUACUUCCACUGCAGUGUGGUGAUAUGUGAUGCUAGGCGGCCAGCUUCAGAUCUUCUUUGUGCAAGGAGAUGUAUUCCUAGAAAACAGAGGCUUGGUCGUAGUGUUGAGGCAUAUCAUAGGCACGGGCACGUAUCUUCUGGAGCAGUCCUUAUGGAAAGUUAAAGUGAAUUGGAUGCUAUCAUCCCACAAGCAAAAUGAAGACUGACACUUUGAACCUAAUCUAUCUAUGCAAAAAUUAUUAAAUGAGAAUUAAAGAGG